AUGGUGUACCGGCAGAUGCUGCAGAUGGCGGCCUGUAGCCUGGCCUUGGGCUCGGCUACAGUGCUUUUCUCCACCUCAAUGGUGGGCAAGCACUCGUCCCACGCGGGUGGAGAUGCUGAAUUUUGGGGGAUCGAGGUGUCAGCAAGGGAGGGAUCUCGCUUCUUCGGGUAUGGCGCCUGGGACCCCAACUGGGACAGGCGAGAUCCGCUGUCCCGACAGAAAAGGAGCCAGGGAUAUGGAGACGAAUCAUACAGAGUGGAGAGUGACAAAACCAAGGCCGCUCGGCAUAUCUUUCUCAUUAGACACUCCCAGUACCAUGCGGACGCCCACUCUGAGCAGGGCCACACUCUGACCCCCCUGGGGAGGGAACAAGCCGAACUAACCGGCCUCCGACUCGCCAGCCUGGGGCUGAAGUUCAGUCAGAUUGUCCAUUCCUCGAUGACCCGUGCAAUCGAAACCACCAACAUCAUCAGCAAGCAUCUCCCAGGCGUCAGCAGAGUCAGCACCGACUUGCUGCGAGAAGGUUUCCCUAUUGAGCCUGUGCCCCCUGUGCCUAAUAGCAAGCCAGAGGCUUCUCGGCUUUCCAAAGAUCAAGCCCGGCUCGAAGCCGCUUUUCAAAUCUACAUCCACCGUGCUGACACCCAGCAGCAGGAGGACAGUUAUGAAAUCUUCAUCUGUCAUGCCAAUGUUAUCCGCUACUUCGUAUGCCGUGCGCUGCAGUUCCCGCCUGAAGGCUGGUGCCGCUUCUCGAUCUGCAACGGCAGCAUCACCUACUUGCUAGUCUGGCCCAAUGGUCAGGUGGUGCUUAGGACCCUUGGGGACACGGGUUUUAUGCCUCCCAAUAUGAUCACUCGCUCCUGA